AUGGGAUUUAGUAAUAGAGCAUUAGAACUGAUAGCAGGUUCAUAUCUGAAUCUGAUUUAUCUUAAUCUAUGCGAUAAUCAGUCAGGUGGCUUUAGGAGCUUUCAUGCUCGAGAAAUAGAUAAUGAAGGUCUAUGGAGAAUCGCAAAGUCAUGCCAUAAAUUAGAAUAUUUAAAUAUUGCCUAUCGCAUAGAGAUUACUGAACAUUCAAUUUGCGGUAUUAUUCGUUCCUCUCCAAAGCUCCAGCAUCUUGACAUUACCUUUUGUGAAAUUACUGAUAUAACAAUCAAAGAAAUUGCUAGAUCAUGUUUUAAUUUAAAAUAUCUUAAUCUGGAAGGAUGUAAUAAUAUUAGUAAAGAAGCUGUAGAUCAGCUAAAUCCAAAUACCUAUGUCGAGAAUUUCUGA